AUGGAAAAACUGCUGGUCUGUCUGUUGGUUAUUGGAAUGGCAGUGAAGGCCCAGAUCUGUCCGAAGCGCUGUGUCUGUCAAAUACUAUCUCCCAACCUUGCAACCCUCUGUGCCAAAAAAGGUCUCCUCUUUGUCCCCCCGAACAUUGACAGGCACACCGUGGAGCUACGGCUGGCAGAUAACUUCGUCACCAGCAUCAAGAGGAAAGACUUUGCCAACAUGACCAGGUUGCAGGACCUCACCCUGUCAAGGAAUACCAUUAGCUUCAUCAUGCCACACGCGUUUGCUGACCUGGAGAACCUCCGCGCCUUGCACGUGAACAGCAACCGUCUGACCCAGAUAUCCAAUGACACCUUUAGCGGCAUGUCCAAGCUGCACCACUUGAUCCUCAACAACAACCAGCUGACGUUGAUCCACCUGGGGGCUUUCAAUGACCUGCUGGCCUUGGAGGAACUCGACCUGUCCUACAACAACUUGGAGUCCAUCCCCUGGGAGGCUAUCCAGAGGAUGACGAGCCUCCACACCCUCAGCCUGGACCACAACAUGAUCGACUACAUUCCUGAGGAGACCUUUUCUCUUCUCCAAAAGCUCAACCGCUUGGACGUAACCUCAAAUAAGCUACAGAAGCUUCCUCCAGAUCCUCUGUUCCAGCGGGCCCAGGUUUUGGCCACGUCUGGGAUCAUGAACCCUUCCUCAUUCGCACUAAGCUUCGGCGGGAACCCACUGCACUGCAACUGUGAGCUGCUGUGGUUGAGGCGCCUGAGUCGAGAGGAUGAUCUGGAGACAUGCGCAUCGCCGCAGCACCUCUCUGGACGCUAUUUCUGGUCCAUCCCGGAGGAGGAGUUCCUGUGUGAACCUCCUCUCAUCACCCGGUACUCCCACGAGAUGAGGGUGCUGGAGGGCCAGAGGGUGGCCCUGAGGUGCAAGGCCAGGGGGGACCCUGAGCCUGCCAUACACUGGAUCUCUCCAGAGGGGAAGCUGGUGUCGAACUCCUCCCGGACGUUGGUCUACACGAAUGGCACCCUGGACAUUUUGAUCAGCACUGUGAAGGACACAGGAUCCUUCACCUGCAUCUCGUCCAACCCGGCGGGUGAGGCACAUCAGACUGUUGAGCUGCUGAUUAUCAAACUCCCACACAUCUCCAACAGCACCAACAACAUCCAGGAGCCUGACCCUGGCUCUUCAGACAUCUCCACGUCCACCAGGGCUGGGGCAAAUGGCAGCAACCACACUGGAGACACCAAAACUAGUCCGGAUAAGAGAGUGGUCAUCGCUGAGGCCACAUCCUCCACGGCACUCAUCAAGUUCAACUUCCAGAGGAAUAUACCUGGGAUCCGCAUGUUCCAGAUUCAGUACAAUGGCAGUUAUGAUGACUCUCUUGUUUACAGAAUGAUUCCCCCCACGAGCAAAAACUUCUUAGUCAAUAACCUGGCUGCUGGAACGUCAUAUGACCUGUGUGUUCUGGCCAUAUACGACGAUGGUAUCACUUCCCUCACCGCCACCCGCGUGGUGGGCUGCAUCCAGUUCACCACCGAGUCUGAGUACCUGCGCUGUCACUUCAUGCAGUCCCAGUUCCUGGGAGGCACCAUGAUCAUCAUCAUCGGUGGCAUCAUCGUGGCCUCUGUACUCGUCUUCAUCAUCAUCCUGAUGAUCCGCUAUAAGGUCUGCAACACCAGUGACUCGGGCAAAGGCACCCUGGUCACCAACGUCCACUCCCAGACCAAUGGGGCGCAGUCUCAGGGGUGCACCGUCAGUCCCUCUGUGUCCAAACAGGCCAUGGGAGGGUCGGGGUCAGAGGGAGGGGGUGGAGGGUCUAUAAAGGCCGCUGGGCACGCGCCAGACACUCUGACAGACUCGUCUGAGACCUCUCUCCCAGACUGCUCCACUGCUACUUCUCUGGUGAGCCAGAGCUGGAACACGCCUGGCUCCUCAGGGUCUCUGAAGCCAAAGCGCAAGCCUGCGCCAAAGCCCUCCGCUACUGCUUCUGUCACACCUGAGCCCAAGAUAGAGGCCCUCCCCAACGCUGAGACCCAGAACACCAACCGCAACAACUCCACGGCUCUGCAGCAUCCCCCCGCCCCGGUAUCCCACUCCCCCCUACCCUACUCACGCAUCAAGGACACGCCCAUAUUAAGACGCGCACACCCCAGACCAUCCUCCAAGUACCUGACCUUACCGGUGGAAGGGGUGAGGGCCAAACGUAGGUACUCUCUAAACGAUGACUCGUCCAAGCACCACUGCUACAUUGGGUUUAACUGUAGGAAACUCAACUACAUCCAGGCUUCGAUGUCCUGCAGGACUAAUGGCUUCAAACUGGCAGUGAUUAGUGAGAUAGGACCUGAACCAGUCCAGGACUGGCAGGACCAGCAGCUUCUCUAUGUGGCCCAGCAGGAUGCCGUGGCUGACCGAGUCGAAUGCUGCGCUGAGGUCCAGCAGUAUGAGGAUGCUGGCAGCCCCAGAGUCUGCAUUCAUGAGGUCAUUGGUGACCGUUAG